AUGGCAUCAAGUGAUAACUACCUGUGGCAAUUGCAAUAUAAUUAUUUCUUUAGUGAUUCUGAUAAUACUUUGAAGCUUAAGGUGCCUACAAGUGGACGAAUGCUUCAGAAUACGGAGUUUAAACAUUUGGAAGUGGACGAUAUUGAGAGGGGUAAAAUUGGCUGGAGAGAUGCCUUUAAAAGUGCAUAUAAAGGCGUGUCAUCCAAGAAAUUUACAUAUAGGGGUUACUGCAGGCGCUGUGAUGCGAUAGUGUGGCUCACUAACAUAAGAUAUUCCAAUGGACACUGCAGACCAAAUUGUGAAAACCGCCAAAUCAAGCCUCUAUCAAAUCAGCAGAUUGUUGACUACAUAGUGGAUGAUCUAUUGACCGUAUCUUCAUCUGAUAGUGACAGUGAUUCGGAUGAAGUGUCCACCUCCAAGCUGUGGGCCUACCCCAGGCGAAUUAGCAAGCAGUGAUAGUGAUUCAAAUGAAGGGCUCUCCUAAAACUGUUACCAGCACAUUCACAUCUGUUUUGUGAGAAAGUAAAUGUGGUAAAGUUUUUUGUAGUGUAAGAAUAUAUCUUGUAUUAUCAUGCCAUAAUGUAGGAGUUGAGGAGGCUGAAAAACUGAUACAUUUUUCUACUAGUGAUGUGUCCUUGCAUCAUUCCUUGUUUUUGUUUCUGGGAAGGAGGCGGCUGGUGUAUUGGCUAGGGAAAUUUGUGACUUCCAUUGUCAAUAGAAGAUAUGCUGUAGCCUAUGCCUCUUCUAGAAACUUC